AUGACCAACACUUCAAACCGCUACUACACUCCCACAGACUACGGAGCUGCCCACUACGAGUCGACGCCCCCCGGCACCAGUAUUCCCGUCGUCAUCGUGGGCGCCGGCCCCGUCGGUCUCGCUACCGCCCUCGGCCUGGCGCAGCGCGGCGUCAAGGUCUCGGUUGUUGACAGUGGCACCUCGGCAUCGUACGGCUCCCGUGCCACCUGUUACUCGCGCCACACCAUCGAGAUCUGCGACCGGUUGGGCUACGGAGCCGAGGUCGAGAAGCGUGCCCUGGGGUGGGUCGGCGGCCGCAGCUACUACCAGGCCCAAGAGGUCCUCAACUUCCAGAUGCCGCAGGACGAGCACAACUACCGCCUGCCCAUGUUCAACCUCCAACAGUGCGAGUAUGAGGACAUCCAGCUUGCCAAGGCUAUCGAGGAGCCCAACAUCACGUUCCUGUGGGGAUCGACUCUCACCGAUAUCCAGCCCGACGAGGAAGGUGUUACCCUCACGGUCGACAUGGCGGACGGCAAGCGCACGCUGCGUGCAGACCGCGUCGUGGCGUCGGACGGCGGCCGCAGCCGCAUCCGCGACCUGCUCGGCCUCACCCUCAAGGGCACAGCUUACGAGGGCCGGUACGUGAUCGCCGACAUCCACUGGAAGUCCAAGCUGCCGACGGAGCGGCGCGUGUGGUUUGACCCGCCCUCGAACCCAGGCUCGACCAUAAUCAUGCACAAGCAGCCCGACGACAUCUGGCGCAUCGACUACCAGCUCCUCGAGGGCGAGGAUGCCGAGAAGGAGACGACGCGCGAGGCCAUCAUCGAGCGCAUCACCAAGCACCUCUCGUGGCUCGAGGACAACGGCACCAUCACCAAGGAGCCGUGGACGCUCGAGUGGCACUCGUUCUACAAGGCGCUCGCGCUCGCCCUCCCCUCGUUCGUGCACGGCCACGACCGCGUCAUCUUUGCCGGCGACGCCGCGCACAUGGUCCCCAUCUUUGGUGUGCGCGGCCUCAACUCGGGCAUGGAGGACGCCGACACGCUCGCGUGGAUGCUCGCUGCCGUGACGCACGGCGACGCCGACCCCAACCUCCUCCACGCGUACUCGCAGGAACGCCACGAUGCGUGGGAGCAGAACAUUGCCAACGCCGGCAAGUCGACGCUGAUCAUGACCCCCGGCACGGACGGGUACCGGAUCACGCGCGACGCGCUCCUGCAGGUGUCUGCUGUGAUUCCCGAGUUCAACCACCUGAUCAACCCGCGCCAGUCGAGCGCGACGCACGCCCUCCGCUCGCCGCUGACGGUCGCGACGACGCACGACGGCCUGCAGGUCGGCGCGCCGCUCGACGACCGCAAGAUUGUCGUCGACGGCAAGGUGACGUCGAUCCACAAGCUCCGCGGCCCCGCCUUUGGCGUCUACGCCGUCGCGCCGUACGACGAGCGCAAGGUCGAGGCGAUCGCGGCCCGGCUCCGCACCGCCCUCCCCCACGAAGCAACCACCGUCCUCGGCCUGGCCCCCGGCGCCGACAGCGGCGCCGCCGCCGCGUGGGCCGCCAAGCCCGGGGAGGUCAUCAUCGUGCGCCCCGACGGCAUAGUGCUUGCGCGCGGACAGCCCGACGCCAUCCCCGCCGUCGAAGGCUGGAUCAAGCGCGGCAUCGCCGAGGCGCCGCGCGCAAGCACCCCGCCCGCCGCCGACCCCAUCCUCCUCUCCGAGGAGCAGAUCAACCGCGAAAAGGUCUGGCUCCAGCUCUCCGAGGCCCUCGACCAGGCAAACGACAAGUACAAGUUCCUCACCCAGCUCUCGAUAGUCCUCGGAGCACAGGCUGGGCCCGACAAGGUGUCCAAGAUCAUAAGCAAGCUCAACGCUGUACAGUAA